AUGACAUGGACACGUGUCUGGAACUCAAGCUCCGUGUUGGAAAAGACAUGGUUUUCUACAACUACAAUGACUGCUGUACUUCCAGCUCCAGCCACAUAUAGUCCAAAGAACACACAUCCAAACGUUGGAUCUAUUCUUGUGAGAGCGACCUGUGGAUGCUGCUGUCCACUUCAGGGGAAGAAAGGAACAAGUGCAGCCACAAAGAGACCAGACUCAUCCCACGGAGGAAACCUGAGGGAACAAGAUGACAACAUUAUCAUUCUCCUAUUCUAUUGUGACCCGCUGCUCCUUCGCGUCAAGAAGAACCGUUUGAGAUGCAGUGGGGCCUCCACCCGCGCUCAGCACCACAGAGAGCCACACCCCCUGCUCCUGACCACAGCCCACCAGUGA